AUGUCUGAGGCUUCUCCCAAGAAGAUGGGCUUCAGGUCGCGACUGGCCAGUGCCCUCAAGCCAAAGGCCGGCAAGAAACUGACCAAGGAGCCUCCUCCGGCAUACGAUUACGAGGCUGAGGUUCUCGACUCUCUAAACCAGGUCAAUAAAGCACCACCAACGCCGGUACAGCAGAAGAAGCCCAUCAACUUCUACAACAAAAACACCACUGGCGUCCAGGCGCAGACCGGAGAGUUGUGGGAUGAGGCUGAGAUGCUGCACAGUUUCCUGCGGCGGGACUCGUUUGACUCUCUCGCAUCCUUGGACAGGGAACAUCGCAACAACCGGACGGCCUGGGAUGAAUCGCGCAAGCGCGGCGAGAGUAUGAUUGCCAGCUUACCACCGGGGCUAUGGGAACACAUUACCUCCUACUUGACGCCGACUGAUCAUGCCAAUCUCGCAUUCUCAUGCAAGACUUUCCACUCUAUCAUGGGCCCCGGAGUAUUCUCCGCCCUCAAUCUUCCAGAGAACCGUCAGUACAAAUGUGACUUCCUCCUCCCAAUGGACAGACUCUAUCCAGACCACCUCCUCUGCUUCCCCUGCGCAGUCUACCACCGACGGAUCCAGAAAGGCCAAGAACGCAUCAAGCACAACCACACGCUCAACCCGAUCUUCAACUGUCCAAAUCCCAAACUGCAAUCCAAGGCCCGCAUCACCCCCGGCUGGACGCUCCCCUUCUCCCUGGUGCAGCUCGCCUUCCGAGCGGAACGGUACGGUCCCGAAUACGGAAUCCCCGUCGAGUCCCUCAACAAGCGCUACAAAUGCCGCAGCAGCGAAUGGACACACCAGACCCGCUACUACUUCCACAAAGGCCAUCUCCUCCUCCGGGUCGUCAGCACCUGUUUCGCCGAGGGCCAGCUGCCACCCAGCAUGCAGCGACACCUCCUCUACUGGCGCGAAGACUACACGCCGUACUUCUCAGUGUGCGCUCACUGGCGCGACGGCGAGCUCAUGAACCUCUGCAAAUGCGCGCUCUCGCACAUCCCACCGCCCCGAGCGCCCAUCACGCAGCAACUGAAAUCCGGGCCAGCGAUCCACCUCGCGCUGCGCAACCCCAAAGUCUUCAUCUCGCUGUGCAGCGAGUGCCGGCCCAUGCGGCGCUGUCCCGAAUGCCCGACCGAAUACCUGAUCGAGCUCAAACUGACCGAGGACAAGAACGACCCGGACCCGUUCAACCGCUUCAAGCAAGCCAUCGUGGUGACGCGCUGGAGCGAUCUCGGGGAUGGCCGCUCGCCUGAGAGCCCCGAGUGGAAGGCGUGUAUCCAGGAGGAGAGUAGCGGGUUUGAUUCUUUCAAGGCGCUUAGUCGGAGGGGGCUGAGUGGCACGUUUGAGGCGCAGAGUGGAGUGACGAUUCCGGGACAGAGGAUGUUGAGCUUGAAUCCGGCGAAUGUGAAGGAGGGCGAGGAGGGUCAUAAUUGGUAUUAAAAGUAAAGGGUCUCUUCUCUUCUCUGGGAUUUAUUUUUGAUUAUUCUUGUAUUAUUUCCAUUUUUUGGGUGGAUUGGUUGGAUUGGAUGGUUGGCUGGACUGGAAUGGAGUGGAUUGGAUUGGGUUGGAUUGGGAUUGUAAUUAAUAUGUGUAUAUAUAAAUGGGAUGUAAGUACUGUACGGUUU